UUUAACAAGGCAUAAAACCCUCUUUCUUUGUGGUCCUAAUAAACAAAAACCCUUUCCUUUUGUUGUUGGUUGGGGUUCUUCAAUGGCUAACAAUAACCACAGAGGAGGAAGAAGAUCAAACUUCAACAACAACAACAGAAGAAAUCACUCCAACUUCAAUCCCAGCAACAGAAGAAAUCACCAACCUAAACUCCCUCUUCAUUCCAAUCAAAAUUCAGACUUACUCACCGGGAAACACAAACUUGACUUACAAAGAAGAUCCUUACCUAUUGCUUCAGUUGAGACAAGGCUUGUCGAAGAAGUCCGAAAAAAUGAUACCUUGAUUAUUGUUGGUGAAACCGGUAGUGGCAAGACCACACAGUUACCCCAGUAUUUGUACAAAGGAGGAUUUUGUAACAAUGGGGGAAUAAUUGGAAUAACUCAACCAAGACGUGUUGCUGCAGUAACCGUUGCAAAACGUGUUGCUGAAGAAUUUGGUGAUAAGUUGGGCCAAAAAGUUGGUUACUCCAUUAGGUUUGAAGAUGUCACAUCCAUCUCCACACGGAUUAAGUACAUGACUGAUGGACUCCUAUUAAGGGAAGCACUUUUGGACCCGUAUCUCUCAAGGUACUCGGUAAUAGUCGUUGAUGAAGCUCAUGAAAGGACGGUGCAGACUGAUGUGUUGCUAGGUUUGCUGAAAGAUGUACAAAAGAAGAGAUCUCAAAGUUUUAAUGGAUCUAAUAGUGAUAUUGUGAAGGCCGACGAUGGUACACCACUAAAGGAAGAAAAUAAUGGUCAAACUAGCAGUGUUAUUAAGCCACGUCAAGUUGGAAAGUUAAAUCCGUUGAAGUUAGUAAUCAUGUCUGCUAGUUUAGAUGCUCGGGGGUUUUCCGAGUAUUUUGGGGGCGCAAAAGCUGUUCAUGUUCAAGGGCGACAGUUUCCUGUGGAUAUUCUGUACACAGCCCAACCUGAGACAGACUGUUUGGAUGCAGCAUUAGUUACCAUAUUUCAGAUACAUUUGGAAGAAGGACCUGGUGAUAUACUUGUAUUUCUGUCUGGUCAAGAAGAGAUUGAAUCUAUCGAGGGUCUUGUGCGUGAAAAUCUUAAGAAGUUACCUGAAGCCAGUCAAAAACUUGUAAUCUUACCGUUGUUCUCUUCUCUUCCAUCAGAGAAGCAAAUGAAAGUUUUUGCACCAGCUGCGGUUGGAUUCAGAAAGGUAGUACUUGCAACUAACAUUGCUGAAACAUCAGUGACGAUACCCGGAAUCAAGUAUGUUAUUGAUCCUGGAUUGGUGAAAGUGCGUAGUUACUCUCCUGACAGUGGCAUCGAGUCUCUGAUUGUUGUUAAAACUUCAAAAGCUCAGGCUCUUCAGAGGAGUGGACGUGCAGGGCGUGAAGGACCUGGGAAAUGCUUUCGUCUUUAUCCAGAGAGCCGAUUUGAAAAACUUGACGAUUCCACAGUCCCAGAGAUCAAACGAUGCAACCUUUCAAAUGUUAUUUUGCAGCUUAGUGCUCUUGGUAUUGAUGAUAUACUUGGGUUUGACUUCAUGGAUAAGCCUGAUCGGAUGGCUGUCAUUAGAUCACUGGAAUCGUUGUACUUACUAGGGGCUUUGACGGACGAAAAAAAGCUAUCAGAUCCAAUUGGACACCAAAUGGCGCGUCUUCCAUUAGAGCCAAAUGAUUCGAAGGCCCUUAUUUUAGCUAGCCAGUUCGAUUGCUUGGAAGAAAUGUUAAUCAUUGUAGCAAUGCUAUCAGUGGAAUCAAUAUUUUAUGCUCCUCGUGAGAAGUUAGAAGAGUCAAAAACUGUUAUGAAAUCUUUCUCAAGCCCAGAGGGAGACCAUCUCACAUUGCUUAAUGUCUAUCGUGCCUCUCUUGAGUUUUUGGAGAAGAACAAGACCGAGAAUGGUGAUGACAAUGCUGAAAAGAAUUUAAAGAAAUGGUGCAAGGAUAACUUUAUUAACAGUCGUUCCUUAAAGCAUGCUCGCAACAUUUACAAUCAAAUCCGGGAGAAUGUUGAACGAAUGGAUCUUAAGAUUUGUUCAUGUGGAGAUGAUAUGCUUCAGCUUCGCAGGUGUCUUGCUGCUUCCUAUUUCCUGAAUGCCGCCCUGAAGCAACCUGAUGGUACAUACAGGGUUAUGGCAAAUGGUCAGAUUGCUGAGAUUCACCCAACUUCUGUUCUAAGACGUACAAAAUCGGAGUGCAUAAUAUUCUACAAUUUAGUUCAAACUACACGUAAUUAUGUGCGCAAUGUUACUAGAGUUGAUUAUUUGUGGCUAGCAGAGCUGGCCCCACAAUAUUAUACCUUGAAGGAUUAGUCACAUGGGAGGAGGCUUAUUUCUGGCUGAAAUUCAAUUAAAGCUCGGUAAAGGGUCUUCGUGGGUAUACUUCUAAACGGAAAAUAGAUGCUGUUGGUGAAUUCACAUGACAGAUUGCUUCCAUAUGUUGGAUCCCAAUGGCUCAUGUUGGCUUCCUUUGUGAUUUUUGCUUUUGUUCAUUAUGAUGAAAAAGAUGGCGGUGCAUUUUUGACGACAUGAGUAGAUGUAGUUAGAGCUGGGAUUAGAGAUCAUUUGAGUAUCACAGUCAUUCAAUUCAUUAAAGCAAAUGACUUGAAUUCUACAUUGCGUUUUGUAAUUAUUGUCUGCUCAAACUGUGAAGAACAUAACUGUGGUUACAAUUAUUGUUUUGAAUGUUAAGAAAUAUGCAUGUCUAAA